AUGCGUUUCUCAACAGUAGUUUCCGCCCUUUUGCUUUCCAGCACCUCGCUGGCAACACCAGCCCAAGACUUUUCAGCACUGGGCAAUGCCUCAUCACAGGGGGCUCCUGAGGAACAUCCCAUAGCUCAGACACCGGCUGCUGCAGCUGCUGCUCAACCAAGCGAUAAUGCUAGUCAACAACAAAAUGUCAAUGUCCAGCAGCCAACUGCUCAGCCUAGCCAGCAACCCACGGUCAAUGUUCAGCAGCAGCCAACUGCUGAGCCCAGCCAGCAACAAAGUGCCAACGACGAGCAGCAGCCGACUGCGAACGUCGCUCCACAAUCGAACGCCGCCCCAGAGCCAUCUUCGAGUCCCAAUGCCAAUCAACAAACGGAUGGUGGCCUGCUGUCACACCUGAUCCCCACUGGUGUUGCGGAGUCUUCUGCCCAACAGGAAUCUAAUGCGCCUACUCCGACAGCCUCACCAGCGGAGUCCGAGGGCAGUGCUUCGCCUACCGAACAGUCGACAACCCAGGGAUCCGCUACCAAAACUGCCGCUUCCUCUUCAACGUCGUCAGCUGGUAGCCCGUGGGAGAGCCUUAUCCCUGAUGGAGUUACUGGAAACCCUGGGACAGACCUGGGCAAUGGACUCCAGGGUCUCUUGGGUCUCCUGUCUCCAACGUUCCUCAAGGAUGUUGAAUCAUUUUUCCACCAUUUUGCCUACCUAUUUGACGACCAGACUACGGAACAGACCAAGUCUCUCAUUAACAUUGGAUCCGGCCUUCUUACUCAAGACUUGAUCAAGGAAUUGAACAGUCUGCUGAGCAACGCCGGCAAGCUGUUGACAUCUGACUUCGUUGAUGAGAUUCAGAAACUGAUCAAACAACUUGGUCCUCUUCUGACGGAUGACCUGUUCAAGCAGAUUUCCACAUUAUUGAACAAUGGAAACGACCUUCUGACCGCUGAUUUCGUCAAGGAGGUCAAUGCUCUGAUCGGAAACGCCAACCAACUACUGACAGCUGAAACUGUUAAGGAGCUGCGGCAACUUAUCGAUUCCCUUGGUCCUCUCUUGACCCCUGAACUGUUUAAGGAGAUCAGCGGCCUCCUUAACAAUGCCAAUGAUUUGUUGACUGCGGACUUUGUCAAGGAGGUCAAGAGUUUGAUCUCUGCAGUGGGUCCUCUCUUGACUCCUGAGCUCUUCAAGGAGAUCAGCGGCCUCCUUAACAAUGCCAAUGAUUUGUUGACUGCGGACUUUGUCAAGGAGGUCAAGAGUUUGAUCUCUGCAGUGGGUCCUCUCUUGACUCCUGAGCUCUUCAAGGAGAUCAGCGGCCUCCUUAACAAUGCCAACGAUCUGUUAACAGCAGACUUUGUCAAGCAGAUUAAGAGCUUGAUCAACUCGCUCGGUCCUCUACUUACACCUGAACUCUUCAAGGAAAUCAGCUCGCUACUGGAUAAUGCCAACAGCCUACUGACCAAGGACUUCGUCGACACAGUCAAGAAUCUGCUCAACGAGGCCGGUCCUCUACUUAAGCCCGAGUUGUUCAAACAGAUCAGCUCGCUGCUAGACAACGCCAACAACUUGCUAACCCCAUCAUUUGUCAACGAGACUACAGGUUUGAUUGACACCAUCUCUCCUGUGUUGACACCUGACCUGCUCUUGAAGGUCGGUAGCUUGUUGAAUAGUGCUGGCAAGCUGCUUACCGAUGGAUUUGUCGACGAAACCAACACUUUGAUUGGCAACGCCAACUCUCUUUUGACAGAGAAGUUUGUCAAGGAGACCAGCGGUUUGAUUGACGGCAUUGCACCAGUCAUCACUCCUGAGCUUCUAGGACUUGUUGGUGGUCUCCUUGCAAAUGCCAACUCUCUCUUGACACCGAAGUUUGUCAAUGAGACUCAGGGCUUGAUUGAUGGCAUUUCGCCCGUCCUCACACCUGAAUUGCUCACGCAAGUCGGCAGUCUUCUUAAUAACGCUGGCAAGCUCCUGACGAGCGAGUUCAUUGAUGAAACGAAGAGCCUGAUCGGCAAUGUGGCACCUGUCAUUACCCCCGACCUGCUGGAGGAUGUCGGCUUCCUUCUCGGCAAUGCAACGAACCUGCUUACACCCAAGUUCGUCAACGAGACGAGAGAUCUCAUUGACGAUGUCGCGCCUGUUAUCACCCCAGAGCUACUCGGCGAAGUUGGUGGCCUUCUCGGCAACGCCAACGAUUUGUUGACCAAGAAAUUCGUCAACGAAACACAGAUUCUGAUCGAAGACGCUUCGGAGUUGCUCCCUGUCGUGGUGAAGAUCUUGGGCACGCUGUGA